UUGGGCCUCAGUCUCCAAGAACUUCUGAUGCUGUAAACAUGCAGUUGGAGUAGUGAUUUUUCUCCUUUUCUCCUCUUCUCUGUUUUCCUACCUCCUUCUCAUGCACAGAUCCACAGCUUCUCUUCUCUGGAGCAGCUCCUCCCACCUGCAGAUAAAAGCCAAACUCUCACCAGAGCUGCUGUUCAGCGUCUGUCCCAGACUCCUCAAAGCUUUGUGAUACUUCCACCCUGCAGCAGCAGCAGCAGCAGCAGCAGCAGCAGCACACACACAAAGGGCCCAGCUGGAUUGCGGCCAACCCCUGGCUGGAUCCCGUGCAUGGCCACUGUCCCACUCAUGUCUUGGAAAAGACCCAGAAAGGCGACCUAACGUGAGGGGAAGUAGAAGCGAAACCGGACACAGGCCGGAGAGAGCAGCAACCUCCAGUUUGAGAGGAGGAAAAAUCUCAAGCGUAGAAUAUUAAAAUAAAUCAAAUCAAAAGGUGGAUCACAUGUCAAACAGUUAAAAUGGAGACUGCACCCCUACACUCUUUCCAUCUACUCAUAAUUGUCCAGCUGUGUUUGUUGCACUUGGCCCACGGUGGGGCAUAUUAUGGACAUAAACAGCCGCCUCAACACCACCAGCCUCUGCCACAGUACAAUGAUGGGUAUCCUCAGCAACAGUUUUUGGGGAAUGAGAUGCCACACCUGCCUUAUGGCAAAGAAGUGCCAAUAAUUCCUCAGUAUGGAAAAGAGCUUCCUCAACUGCCUCUACAAAUAGGCAAAGAGAGGCCACUGACUAAAGGCAAAGGACAAACAUUUCCCAGAGGGGCUAAAGGUCCACCUCCCCUUGGUCCUGGUGGAGAAGGUAUCAGAGAGGGACCACAAGGAGUCCAGGGCCCCCCGGGACCAACAGGACCACCUGGACCACAAGGCCCCCCUGGACUACCAGGCCAGGGAUUGCCAGGGCUACCAGGAAAACCGGGGCCGCCUGGUCCUCAAGGCUACCCAGGUAUCGGAAAACCGGGCAUGCCAGGAGUGCCGGGAAAACCUGGAGGACCUGGAUUACAAGGAUCAAAAGGUGACCUUGGGCCUAAUGGUGGAGAAGGACCAACUGGACUUCCUGGGCCUGCAGGGCUCCCAGGUCCCCCUGGACUCCCGGGAUUUUCAAAACCAGGAGGUCAGGGGCUUCCCGGCCAGCUGGGUCCUCUAGGGGAGCCUGGUCAAAAAGGCCCACCUGGGUCACCUGGUCCUCCAGGCCCCAAGGGAGACAAAGGAAAUGGUCAACCUGGUUUGCCAGGUUUGAAAGGACCAAGUGGACCACCAGGUAUACCUGGAAAUGUGGGUGUCCCUGGGGUUGGCAAACCUGGCUUGAAUGGUCUCCCUGGACAACCAGGAAUACCAGGAAAACUUGGUCCUCCUGGUGAAUCAGGACUAGCUGGGCCACCUGGUGAAAGAGGCCAACCAGGACCACCAGGCUUACCUGGAAUUGGAAAACCAGGAAAAGAUGGUUUCAGAGGGCAACCAGGGAUCUCUGGUGGGAAAGGGGAAUCAGGGCUUCCUGGUUUACCAGGGGGUCCAGGCUUGCCAGGUUAUGGUAAACCAGGGUUCCCAGGACCUAAGGGUCACAAGGGACAUGCUGGUCUUCCUGGACCUCCAGGCCUGAAAGGUGAUAAAGGUCAUGGAGGUCUUCCAGGUGUCAUUGGUUCUACUGGUCCUAGUGGUAUGCCUGGCCCACCAGGACCAAUUGGGCUCCCUGGUAGUCUCGGCUUUCCAGGGCAAAAGGGAGAGGAUGGUGUUGUGGGACCAAAAGGAAAUCCAGGAAUGAAGGGUGACUUAGGUCCCCCAGGUUUUCCAGGAGAGCCGGGUCUGUCAGGUGGGGGUGGACAACCAGGAACAAGAGGUUUACAAGGCCCCACUGGCCCUAAAGGUGAACCUGGUGGUAGGGGUUUACCUGGUUCCCCUGGUGCUGUGGGAUUAACUGGCCCAAGAGGAGAGGGGGGGGAGCCUGGAGACAGAGGCUACCAGGGACCACAAGGUAUCCCAGGACUUACAGGACCAGGGGGACCACUUGGACCUCCUGGGCUACCAGGACAAAAAGGCGAAACAGGCCAACCUGGCAAACCUGGCUAUCCUGGUGAGGGAAAGCUAGGACCAGCUGGUCAAAUAGGUCCUCAAGGUAACCCUGGGCCAAUGGGCCCUGCUGGACUCCCAGGGCAACCAGGACAACCUGGACCCCCUGGUCCUCAAGGACUUCCUGCUGUAUCUCCUGAACUUGGACAGAUCCUCCCUAUGACCGGCCCAUACCCUGGCCAAAACCAAAAGAAGCCAAAGAACGGAGGCGACAUUGGUGGAAGUGGCGUGGAGAUGCCUGCCUUCACAGCUAAGCUUGCAAAUCCAUUCCCUCCUGUUGGGUCUCCUGUCGUCUUUGACAAACUCCUGCACAAUGGCAAUCAGAACUACAAUCCCCAAAGUGGUGUUUUCACCUGUAGCAUUCCAGGGGUCUACUACUUUGCUUACCACGUUCACUGCAAAGGGGGUAAUGUGUGGGUGGCCUUGAUGAAGAACAAUGAGCCAGUAAUGUACACAUAUGACGAAUACCAAAAGGGCUUGCUGGAUCAGGCAUCGGGCAGUGCUGUACUCCCGUUACGACAAGGAGAGACUGUGCAUAUACAGCUGCCAUCUGACCAGGCUGCAGGACUUUAUGCUGGUCAAUAUGUCCAUUCCACAUUUUCUGGAUACUUAUUGUACCCAAUGUAAGAUGUGUGUAAACAAAGACAAUAGUAAGGACACCAUGAUGGUAUUUUUUUAACCAAAUUUAUGGUAAAACUACUCUCAAAGGUACAUUGUUGGUCAGGUUGAAUGGUUUACAAUGAGUUGAAUUGAAUAAUCUUUUUCAUAUAUAUUGUAGUGAAAUACUUCAUUGAAUUAUUUUUUGCAUUACAUGCAUAACAUACAUCAAAGGAGUCUUCAACAGUUAUGCAGUUAUGAAAUAAUGGGCAGAGUAUGUACAUUUUAUAAACAUACAAGGCCAUUGGCUAUGAUAUGGAAAAAGCAUGGUUUGAUGUGAGAGUUAUGUAGAGUGAAGGUCAUAAUUCUUAAAUGUUUACAUAUGUGCAUUUAUUCUUAUAGCCAUCCCCACACAUGAUAUCAUGUCAUCGCUGGAGUCAUUCCAAAAACAAUAAAGCUCUAUGUUUUUUCAUUGUAUUCACUUUCAAUUGUAUUCACUUUUCACUUGCUUUAAUUCAGUUUUGCUUUGAUUUAAUUAAAUACUUUCUUUACAGCCAUGUACUGUAUACUGGGCACAUAAUAAAAUGUUGGUUUUAUUGUACAAUGCUGGGUUAUGUAUUAAGGGCCAUCAUACAGUUAGGUCAUGUCUUACAACAGAAUCUUAAUUCAUUUUUACAUUAGCAUCUGACACUAAAAUAAGUAUUUGGGUGAGAUUUAAAUCCAAUUUCAUAUCACAUAUCAGUCCAGAAAAGAACAGAUUUGUCCACAAUUUAGCAGUUGAACUAGUUUUGGAUUCUUCGCCUUUGACCAUUUGAUGUCAUGAUUUGUUUUUGUAAUAGACAAGAAUUAUUUAAAAGUUUUUUUUCAGUUUGUCAGUAUUCUCUGUAAUUUAUUUGUUUGACUACUGAUUAUUUGCUAUUUGUGUUAAUGUCUGUGUGUUGACAGUAAAUGGCCAAAAUUAUUCCAAAAUGCAGAUCUUACAUGUUCUGUGGCCAAAAUAAUUAAAACAUUUGAAAAUAUGUCCACACCCUUUCAUACCAGUUGAAUGUCAGUUUCUUUUUAUUUUGUACUUCAUUUCUUUAAACUGUGGAUGUGCCAUUUUGGAAAAAUAUUCUUUUCCUUUUUUUCUUUGGACUCUGCACAGCAUCACAUGAGUUUCUCAUGUGAUGCUGUGCCUAAAGUAUGUGAAUUGUGUUGCUUCAAUUGGUUAUAUACUGGUUUAAUAAAAAAUGUAAACAUUUUA